AGCGCCUGUAGCUUUAGAUAGGAUUCCAGAGUGGGAAGGAAGGUCUUUUUGCAUAGCAGCUUAUUAUUUAUUGAUGACAAAUAGAAAAAAACAAUUAGCUCAGCCUAGGCGUUAUUUCAAAAUCUAAAUUCGGAUCUUCCAUGAUUGAAAUACUACACCGCAGAACAGUGAAAGAAAUUCGCCUAAAGCAAGAUGCGCAUCAGUGGAUAAAGGGUUAGGAAUCAAGAACGCGCUCCUGCCUCCUCUCCCCGGCCUGAACCUCCCCUCCCACCGCCCUUUCUCCUUCCCCGGGAAAUGCAGGGCUGAGAGGCGACAGCCUGAGUGAUGCUCGCCAGCUCUGGGCUGGUGAAAGCGCACGACGUCCCUCCCGGUCCCUGGAGCCUGCUAGUGAGCCUGGCGUGCGCAGAGCGAUGGAGGCCUCCUGGCUGGAAACGCGAUGGGCGCGGCCUUUAUACCUGGCGUUCGUGUUCUGCCUGGCCCUGGGACUCCUGCAGACCAUCAAACUCUACCUACGAAGGCAGCGACUGCUGCGAGACCUCCGCCCCUUCCCGGCGCCUCCCACCCACUGGUUCUACGGGCACCAGAAGUUUCUUCAGGAAGAUAAAAUGGAGAAGCUUGAGGAGACUGUUGAAAAGUAUCCUUGUGCCUUCCCUUGUUGGGUUGGGCCCUUUCAGGCAUUUUUCUUUAUCUAUGACCCAGACUAUGCAAAGACAUUUCUGAGCAGAACAGACCCCAAGUCCCAGUACCCAUACAGGUUCAUGACUCCGUGUCUUGGAAAAGGACUCUUGAAUCUAGAUGGGCCCAAGUGGUUCCAGCAUCGUCGACUACUGACUCCUGGAUUCCAUUGUGAUAUCCUGAAAACAUAUGUCGAUAUGAUGGCCCAUUCUGUGAAUACGAUGUUGGAUAAGUGGGAGAAGAUUUGCAGCACUCAGGACACAGCCAUGGAGGUUUUUGAACACAUCAACUUGAUGGCCCUGGACAUAAUCAUGAAAUGUGCUUUCAGCCGGGAGACCAACUGCCAGAUAAAUGGCUCCCUUGAUCCUUAUGUAAAAGCAACGGUUGAACUCCGCAAAAUUAUAUUUUAUCGCAUGUACAAUUUCUGGCACCACCAUGACAUAAUUUUCAAGUUCAGCCCUAAUGGCCACCUCUUCCAAGAGUUAAGCAAAGUGCUACAUCAACACACAGAAAAGGUAAUCCAGGACAGAAAAAAACCCCUCAAGGCUGGAAUGAAGCAGGAUAACACUCAAAAGAAAAAGUACCAGGAUUUCCUGGAUAUUAUCCUUUCUGCCCAGGCUGAAAAUGAAGACAGCUUCUCCAAUGCUGACCUGCGGUCCGAGGUGAACACGUUCAUGUUGGCUGGGCAUGACACCUCGGCUGUGAGCCUCUCCUGGCUCCUCUACUGCCUGGCUCUGAACCCUGAGCAUCAGGAGAGAUGCCGGGAAGAGAUCAGGAGCAUCCUAGGGGACGGAUCUUCCAUCACCUGGGACCAGCUGGGUGAGAUGUCAUACACCACAAUGUGCAUCAAGGAGACGUUCCGAUUGAUUCCUCCAGUCACGUCCAUUUCCAGAGAACUCAGCAAGCCCCUUACCUUCUCAGAUGGACGCUCCUUGCCUGCAGGAAUCACCGUGGUUCUCAGUAUUUGGGGUCUUCAUCACAACCCUGCUGUCUGGAAAAGCCCAAAGAUCUUUGACCCAUUGAGAUUUACAAAGGAGAAUUCUGAUCAGAGACACCCUUAUGCCUUCUUACCAUUCUCAUCUGGACCAAGAAACUGCAUCGGGGAGCAGUUUGCCAUGCUGGAGUUAAAGGUGGCCAUUGCCUUGAUUCUGCUCCACUUCAAAGUGACUCCAGACCUCACCAGGCCUCCUGUCUUCUCAAACCACAUUAUCCUCAAACCCAAGCAUGGAAUUCAUUUGCACCUGAAGAAAUUCCCCAAGUGCUAGAUCCACAAGUACAAUGACUAAAUAUACUUUGUUUUUAAGUUACAUUUACAGCUAAUGGUUCAAGCAAAUAGAGAGGAAUCAACAUGCAGUAAGAGGGUUGGAGAUAGAUGGAUUAAGGGAUAUCUGUAGAGCUGCACAUUCCCUAAGGACAUUUCCAGGUAACUCCUAACACUGUUUGUUUGUGUGGUUCCAACUAUCAUUAACACUAUAUACCAAGCACUUUGCUAAGUGACUUCCAAACAUAUUCUGUUGUUUUUUUUAAAAGUUUUUAGAAUUACUUGAUAGGUGGAUAUAUAAAUAUUUGCUGUAAAAGAAAUUCAACAUUAGAAAAGCAUGUAGAAUAAAUUAAAAAUUUCAUUUUACCUAGCCCAUACUGAAUGCCCUGAUCAAUCCUAUCAACUUUAAAAAAAAGAAUAAUUUGGUGUGUAUUCUUUCAUAUUUUUUCCUAUAUAUUUCACAUAUAUACCCAUAGGAAUGUAUUCUUACCAAUGGGUUCAUAUCAAUAUUGUUCUUGCUUUUCUCACUUAAUAAAAGUCCAUCUUAUUCCAAGGA